UCUCUUUUUCCUCUUUCCUUCCUAAAAUCCCAUUUUCACGCAUUAAAAUCAAACCACCCAAUCCUUUUUUUCCCCUAACUCUUUCGCGAACUUCAUUUUUCACUCGCUCUUCUACCUGCCAUGUCGGCCAAGGAUUGUGGCAACCAUGGCAAAAGCCGCCGGAAACUCUUCCGGAGGAUUAUCGCCUGCAUUCUCAUCUUCAACCUGAUUGUGCUCAUCACAAUCCUUCUCAUUUGGGCUAUCCUUCGCCCCAGCAAGCCCAAGUUCAUCCUCCAGGACAUCACCGUCUUCGCUUUCAACGCCUCGACCCCGAAUUUCCUCACUUCCAAUUUCCAAGUCACCGUAUCUUCUCGAAACCCGAAUGACAAAAUAGGGAUUUACUACGACAGGCUCGACAUCUAUGCCUCUUACAGGAACCAACAAAUCACCCUCCGAACAGCAAUCCCUCCAACUUACCAAGGUCACAACGAGGUCAAUGUCUGGUCGCCUUUCGUCUACGGAAACAUGGUCCCUAUUGCUCCCGACCUUUUCUUGGCUUUGAAUUCCGACCAGGCUGCUGGGUCUGUUUUCCUGACUAUCAAGAUUGAUGGACGGGUGAGAUGGAAAGUUGGAACUUUCAUUUCAGGGAGAUAUCAUCUUUACGUUAGAUGUCCGGCGUAUGUUACUUUUGGGAGCAAAACUAGCGGGGUUAUUGUCGGAGAAAACGCUAUCAAGUUUCAGUUCGUGACCAGAUGCAGCGUUAGUGUGUGAAGACCGAGGAAGCGGAAGAGGAAGAAGAAGCAGAAGAAACUAACGCCGUUAAGUAUAUCGUUUGUUUAUCUUUUAUCUUAAUUUCUUUCUCUUUCUCGCUUUUUUUUUUGUAAUUUGACGCCGUUAGUAUUUUUUUAUAAGGGGAGGAAAUUGUACAUUUUGCUAUAGAAUAAAUGGAGGAAUAAAAAAUGAUAAGAGAGACAGAUAGCAAAAUUUGCAAUUAAUAUAUGUGAACAAGUUGUAGAGAUUUUAAUUUUCUAAAAAAUUGUGUGAUUAAUAAUAAUUAUUUUUUAAUAGCUGC